AUGACAACAAUACGUCCUUUUACGUGUGAAGACAUGCUAUACUUUAACAAUGUAAAUUUGGAUCCGCUGACAGAGACCUAUGGUUUGUCUUUUUAUACACAAUAUUUAGCGCACUGGCCGGAGUACUUUCAGGUUGCCGAAUCUCCGAGUGGAGAAAUUAUGGGAUACAUUAUGGGAAAAGCAGAGGGUCAUGGUGAAAAUUGGCAUGGUCAUGUCACAGCAUUGACUGUUAGCCCGGACUAUAGGCGUUUGGGUCUGGCUGCAACCUUAAUGAACAUACUAGAAGAAGUGUCUGAAAAAAAAAAGGCAUACUUUGUUGAUUUGUUUGUGAGAGUUAGCAAUAAAGUUGCUAUUAAUAUGUACAAAAAUCUUGGAUACAUUGUGUAUAGGACUGUUUUAGAAUAUUACUCAGGAGAUCCUGAUGAAGAUGCCUAUGAUAUGAGAAAAGCAUGUUCAAGAGAUAUAAGUAAGAAAUCAGUGAUACCACUUGCACACCCAGUUAGACCUGAAGAUGUUGAUUAA